AUGGAGUCUCAAAUCCCAAAUUACAAAGGAGGCGGCAAGGGCGAGGAGGCGGCAAGGGCGAGGAGGCGGCAAGGGCGAGGAGGCGGCAAGGGCGAGGAGGCGGCAAGGGGGAGGAGGCGGCAAGGGCGAGGAGGCGGCAAGGGGGAGGAGGCGGCAAGGGGGAGGAGGCGGCAAGGGGGAGGAGGCGGCAAGGGGGAGGAGGCGGCAAGGGGGAGGAGGCGGCAAGGGGGAGGAGGCGGCAAGGGGGAGGAGGCGGCAAAGGGGAGGAGGCGGCAAGGGGGAGGAGGCGGCAAGGGGGGAGGAGGCGGCAAGGGGGGAGGAGGCGGCAAGGGGGGAGGAGGCGGCAAGGGGGGAGGAGGCGGCAAGGGGGGAGGAGGCGGCAAGGGGGGAGGAGGCGGCAAGGGGGGAGGAGGCGGCAAGGGGGGAGGAGGCGGCAAGGGGGGAGGAGGCGGCAAGGGGGGAGGAGGCGGCAAGAGGGGAGGAGGCGGCAAGGGGGGAGGAGGCGGCAAGGGGGGAGGAGGCGGCAAGGGGGGAGGAGGCGGCAAGGGGGGAGGAGGCGGCAAGGGGGGAGGAGGCGGCAAGGGGGGAGGAGGCGGCAAGGGGGGAGGAGGCGGCAAGGGGGGAGGAGGCGGCAAGGGGGGAGGAGGCGGCAAGGGGGGAGGAGGCGGCAAGGGGGGAGGAGGCGGCAAGGGGGGAGGAGGCGGCAAGGGGGGAGGAGGCGGCAAGGGGGGAGGAGGCGGCAAGGGGGGAGGAGGCGGCAAGGGGGGAGGAGGCGGCAAGGGGGGAGGAGGCGGCAAGGGGGGAGGAGGCGGCAAGGGGGGAGGAGGCGGCAAGGGGGGAGGAGGCGGCAAGGGGGGAGGAGGCGGCAAGGGGGGAGGAGGCGGCAAGGGGGGAGGAGGCGGCAAGGGGGGAGGAGGCGGCAAGGGGGGAGGAGGCGGCAAGGGGGGAGGAGGCGGCAAGGGGGGAGGAGGCGGCAAGGGGGGAGGAGGCGGCAAGGGGGGAGGAGGCGGCAAGGGGGGAGGAGGCGGCAAGGGGGGAGGAGGCGGCAAGGGGGGAGGAGGCGGCAAGGGGGGAGGAGGCGGCAAGGGGGGAGGAGGCGGCAAGGGGGGAGGAGGCGGCAAGGGGGGAGGAGGCGGCAAGGGGGGAGGAGGCGGCAAGGGGGGAGGAGGCGGCAAGGGGGGAGGAGGCGGCAAGGGGGGAGGAGGCGGCAAGGGGGGAGGAGGCGGCAAGGGGGGAGGAGGCGGCAAGGGGGGAGGAGGCGGCAAGGAGGAGGCGGCAAGGAGGAGGCGGCAAGGAGGAGGCGGCAAGGAGGAGGCGGCAAGGAGGAGGCGGCAAGGAGGAGGCGGCAAGGAGGAGGCGGCAAGGAGGAGGCGGCAAGGAGGAGGCGGCAAGGAGGAGGCGGCAAGGAGGAGGCGGCAAGGAGGAGGCGGCAAGGAGGAGGCGGCAAGGAGGAGGCGGCAAGGAGGAGGCGGCAAGGAGGAGGCGGCAAGGAGGAGGCGGCAAGGAGGAGGCGGCAAGGAGGAGGCGGCAAGGAGGAGGCGGCAAGGAGGCAAGGGAAAGAGCAAAUCUCUGCAGGCCUGA